AUGACGGCUGCGGCAGCGAAGCCGCCGGAGCGUGGCGGCCAGAAGCUUGUGGCCCCUUCCUUUGCGGCAGUAGUUGGCCGUUCCAAUGAUGAGAUUGGGGUAACGCUGGGUGUUGUCUCAACAUUCAGAGGGAGAUUCAGUGCGGGCAGGCCCUCCAUGGAGGCCAUACGAAAAUUCUUUGUGACGCUGGGGCUCAAAGGACAUUGCUCAGUGGGCCUCCUGGACGAGAAGCACGUUCUGAUUAGACCAGUGGUGGACGAUGAUUAUACUCGCUUGUUUGUUCGCAGGGUCUGGUUCAUAGGUAAGUCACCAAUGUCGAUUUCGAAGUGGAGCAUCGACUUCAGGUCUGGCCAAGAGCUUUCAAUUGCUCCAGUUUGGGUAAGUUUCCCAGGUCUGCCUAUUCCCUUUUUCCAAAGGAAUCAGUUGAUGCAGUUAGCCUCUACGUUGGGGCACCCCCUCAAGUUGGAUGCGGCAACCGGUGAUCUUCGUCGGCCCUCUGCUGCGCGAGUGUUGGUAGAGGUAGAUAUCUCUUUGCCUCUUGCUAAACGCGUUUGGAUAAGAGAUGAGGAAUAUGGAUUUUGGCAGCCCGUGGACUUUGAAAACAUUCCUCCUUACUGCUCUUUCUGUUCCAAGUUCGGUCAUCAGCAGGACAGUUGUUUUCGGAGGGAUCCUUCCCUGCGGCCUGUGAAGGUGGGGCAGGCUUCCUUGAAACUUCAAGAGGUUUCUGCGCCUGUCAUGAGUUUGGAUAAGGGUAAAGCUAAGCAGGGUGAGCCUGGUAUACCUGCAGCGUCGUCAGGUAGUGUUGGGGCAGAGGUAGCUGGGCUGUCGGCUCCAGUCCAGAAGCAGCUGCUGCUCCAGGGACAUGGGGUGGCAACUUCCUGUGUUUUGUCUUCCAGAGAGGCUGCGGUAUUGGAGGUGCCGGUGGAAGCAGCGGCUGGGCAGCAGAUUGGGGAGGUCGAAGUGGAGGUUGAUACUACUUCUGACCCUGUGAAGGUUUUGGAGGAUGAAGGGAUGGAGCAGGAUAUGGGGCAGGCGCCCACAGUUGUGGAUGAUGCGCAUCAAGAUGUCGGUUGCGGAGGAGUGCAGGACGUGGGGAUGCAGCAGGAGCAGCAGGGUGAUGUAGAACUGGGUGGUAGUUUGGAGAUUAUCCUCCCGCAUGCUGCUGAGGUGCGAGGGGAUGGUGUGGAGGGGAGCAAACCAGAUGAUGUUGAGGCGCGAUCUGUUGCCCUUGUGGGAGAUCAGACGGUGGAGUCCAGCAGUGAUGAGGAGGUCCUUUCAGUGGGUUCCUUAUCCCCACGAUCUGCUAGGGAGCUGGUGCGAAUCCAGGAUGCAACCAUAGUGUCAACAGCUGGAGUUGUUGACAAUUCGGUGGCGGCUUUGAGGAACAAAAAAAAAAGAAUUUCCUUCCUACUUUGUCCAAUGAUUAAAGGUCUAUUUUGGAAUGUUCGGGGCAUUUCUAAAGCUCCGAAAUUGAGAAGGAUUAAAAAAUUGAUUCAAAUGAACAAUCUCCAAUUUUUGGCUUUUUGUGAACCUUGGUUGGAGGUUGAUAAAGUUGAACAGUAUAGACACAAAUUAGGUUUUCAUGGAGUGGUGCAUAAUGUGGUGGGUUCGAUCUGGGUUUUCUUCCAAGAGCUUUUUUCUGGCUUGGUGAUUGGAGAGAGCCCCCAGCAUGUGUCAGUGCGACUUUCUCACGAUCAUGUGCCGGGCUCCCACCUUGUUGUCUCCUUUGUGCAUGCGCGAUGUACACCUGUGGAGAGGUGUGAGCUAUGGGAGGGUUUAAUGCGGGAUAACCCGGGUUCCGCUGCAUGGCUUGUGGGUGGGGAUUUUAAUGUAAUUUUAGAUGCUGAGGAGAAGAAAGGGGGUCGGGCUUUUAAUCCUGGUGAAGCUAUGGAGUUUAGACAAUUUAUUAAUGAGGCUAAUCUCAUGGAUGCCGGUUUUUCUGGGGCUCAGUUUACCUGGUGUAACAAUAGACAUGGCAGGGCAAGAAUCUGGAAAAGGUUGGAUCGGGUUUUGGUGAAUGAAGGUUAUUCUGACACGGGGAUGUCAUUGGCGGUGUCGCACCUAGCCCGGGAGUCCUCAGACCAUGCUCCGCUCCUUCUUUCAGUGUCAACCAGAUUGGAUACUAAGCCGAGGUCGUUCAGGUUCCUUAAUGUCUGGACGAGGCACGGGGACUUCUUGCCUAUGGUUCAGGAUUCUUGGGAGCAACCGUGCGUUGGACCCCCUUUGCAAGUUCUCUGUUGCAAAUUAAAGCGGUUGAGGGGUACUAUACGGGAUUGGAGUAGGAGGGUUUUUGGGGAUAUUUUUCAGACAGUUAGGCAAAAGGAAGAGGAGGUGCGGUUGGCAGAGGUCCGUGUAGAAAGCGAUGAUUCAGAUGCUGCUAGGGUGCAUUUACAUCUUGCCAAAGGCCAGUUGCGAGCGGCCUUGAGAGUGGAGGAGUUGUUUUGGAAGCAGAAGGCUCGGGUAAGGUGGCUUCAGGAGGGAGAUCGAAAUACAAGGUUCUUUCAUUCUGUCGUCAAAAAUAGAAGGGUACGUUCGAUCAUUCACAGGAUUAGAAAUGGGCAAGGGGAGUGGGUGGAGUCGGAUGAUGGGAUUGGAGCAGAGGCGAUUCUGUAUUUCGAGGGGUUGUUUACGGAUCAGCGUCCAGCAUCUUCCUCUGAGUUGCUUCAACAUAUCCCAACAAUUUUGACUGAUGAGGAGAAUGAUUUGUUGGAGCAGUUUCCCUCUGCGGUGGAGAUUCGAAAUGCGGUUUUUGCGAUGGAUGGGGAGAGUGCACCGGGGCCGGAUGGAUAUACGGGUAAGUUCUUUACGGUUGCUUGGUCAGUUGUCGGUGCGGAUGUUGUUAGCGCAGUGCGUAGUUUUUUCUGUGGGACGGAGUUGCCUCGGGCUAUUACAGCGACCUCCAUUACACUCAUUCCUAAGGUUGGGCACCCACAGGAUUUUUCUCAGUUUCGCCCGAUUAGCUCAUGUAACUUUGUUAACAAGUUGAUUUCGCGAAUUUUGGCGGAUCGCUUGGCCCGAAUCCUUCCAAGGAUUAUUUCCCCACAGCAGAGUGGUUUUGUUCGGGGGCGGCUUAUAUCGGAUAAUUUCUUGCUGGCACAAGAGUUGCUCUCUAAUAUAGGGAGGACCUCCAGAAAUGCCGAUGUAGCUCUGAAAUUAGAUAUGUCAAUGGCUUAUGACCGUGUUUCCUGGAUUUUUUUGACAAUGAUUUUGAGGAGAUUUGAUUUUAGGGAGCAAUGGAUUGAUAUGAUUUGGAGAUUGGUCUCGAAUGUUUGGUUUUCGAUCCUAAUCAACAGGGCCAGUGUGGGUUUCUUUAAGUCUACGCGAGGGCUUCGUCAAGGGGACCCGUUAUCCCCAGAUUUGUUUAUUAUUGGCGCUGAGGUGCUGUCCCGCUCUUUGAACCAGUUAGUGGAGCAUCGGCAGUUCAAGUGCUUUUCAGUUCCGCGGGGCUGUCCUAUGAUCACUCAUCUCAGUUAUGCAGAUGACGUCCUGAUUUUUUCAGGUGCUUCAUCCACUUCGCUGAGAUGUGUUAUGCAGAUUAUUGGAAAAUAUGAAGCAGUUUCGGGGCAGGAGAUUAAUGUUCAAAAGAGCGGGUUCAUGGUGCAUGCUAAACUGCCUAGUCAGUGUGUGGCAAGGAUUCGACGGGUAAUUGGAUUUGGUUUGAAGUCGUUUCCCGUGCGUUACUUGGGGUGUCCGCUUUUUGUGGGGCGCCGGAAGUGUCUAUACUUCAUGGAGCUGGUACAGUCAGUUAUUUCUAAAGUUUCUUCAUGGCGGUCCAGAUUUCUAUCCAAUGGGGGUCGGAUUGUACUCAUCAAACACGUGCUUUCAGCAAUCCCAACUCAUUUUUUGGCAGCUUCAUGCCCUCCGAAGGGAGUUCUAGCUUUAGUUGAACGGACUAUGGCAAAUUUUCUCUGGGGGGAGCGGGAAGGUGGCCUCCGACAUCAUUGGAUUAAGUGGGCAGACCUGUGUGCCGACUCGUCACAGGGUGGGGUUGGUGUUCGAUCGCUUCUGGAGGUUCAUACAGCAUUCUCAUUCAAAUUGUGGUGGCGUUUCCGUACGAGAGAGUGUUUAUGGGCGACAUUUAUGAGAGCCAAGUAUUGUCGGCAGAGUCAUCCAUGCAUGGUAGCGGCGGGUCAGGGCAGUUCAUAUAUGUGGAGGCGUUUGCUUCAAAUUCGUGAGGUGACGGAGCAAAAUCUUUGGUGGGAGAUGCGAUCGGGACAGUGUAAUUUCUGGUUCGACAAUUGGAUGGGUUCUGGUCCUCUGUGUCAACGGUUACAAAGUGUUUCUGAUCACUUAGUUAGGGAUUUCGUAUUGAAUGGAAGGUGGAAUCAACAGUUGCUACGGCUUUGGGUUCCUGAUGACAUAGUAUCAGAGAUAGUUACUAAAGUUGCCCCAGUGGGAUCCGCGGACGAUCGUGCGGUGUGGGCCUUGACAGAGUCAGGAGAUUUCUCCAUUGCUUCCACAUACGUGCUGCUUGGUAGUCAGACCCCCUCAUCUUUCAUGUUUGAAAGGGUUUGGCACCCUGUAAUUCCAAUCAAGAUAUCAUUCUUCAUGGUAAGAUUGCUGCGGGAUCGUUUACCGUUGGCAUCGUCCCUAGGAAGGUUGCAAGUCUAUGGCCCUUCCAAGUGUUUUUGCUGCUUGGCCUCGCAAUCUGAGUCGUUGGAUCAUGUCUUUGCGGAAGGUGAGUUAGCUCUUUUCCUGUGGACCUUUUUUGGGAAUAGCGCUGGAGUGAGUUAUAGAGGUAUGGGGGUGCGGUCGCGUUUGGCAACUUGGUGGUGCCAACCGGUUCGGCACUCUCGUUUGGAAUCAUUACAUUCGGUUUUGCCUUGCAUUAUUUGUUGGCAUAUUUGGUUGGCACGGAAUCUUGCAAUUUUUGAAGGGCAGCUCCUGCGUCGACAGACCAUUUGUGACCGUAUCUUGGCAGAUGUCGUAGGGCUAUUUUCCAAGAAGUUUGCAGGUGAGUUUAUUGGGGUUGGCUCCUGGUCGACGGUCCUCUCCAUCUUCUCUGGGUGGAGGCCUCGGUAUUCCCAUAGAGUGGUUUGUUGGGAAUUUCCAGUCCAGGGAGCCUUCAAGUUAAAUACGGAUGGGUGCUCGCUUGGCAAUCCGGGCGUUAGUGGCGGGGGUGGUGUGCUUAGGGACUCGUCUGGUGCUUUGUUGUUUGGCUUUUCUGUUCCGUUUGGGGAACUUACAUGUCUGCAAGCGGAGAUAAAGGCUUUGGUGUUUGGGGUGCAACAAUGCCGUCUUCGGGGUUUCUCGCGGAUUCGGGUGGAGGUGGAUUCUCUUGUGUUAGUCAACCUCCUGGUAAGACAAGUCAGGUGUCCGUGGUCAGUUCGGUCGGAUCUAGAAUCGUUACGGGCUGUCCAAGGGUUGGAGUGGACGGUGGGGCAUUGUUAUCGGGAAAUGAAUCAAGUGGCGGAUGCCUUAGCCAAGGUUGGGGCACAUUCUGAGGGUACUAUUUUGUAUACGACACAGUCUGAGUUGCCAAGGGUGGCAAGGGGGGCCUUAGGUUUAGAUAGGUCGCAGAUUCCUGCGAUUCGUACUCGAGCUAUUUCUCACUGA